GCGCGUCAUUCGUAGUUGAGCCUUGGUCGCAAGCGGACGUACUGUCGGUCGUGCAAGCGUUCGCGUGAACUCCUCCAGCAUCCUUCUUUUUGUUGUUCUUGUGUGUUGUGAUUUUCUGGCGCGCGGGGAGUUGUUGGAGUUGUGCGGUGUACAGAGAGAGAGAGAGUGUGUGUGCUGGCAAAGAACCGCACACAGAAGAGUGCGUGUACAGCACAAAAGAAAGGUUGAGGGAGCUCUGGAGCUCUUCUGCUUUGCUGUGCAGUGGUUGUUGUAGUGUUGUUAUGCUGCUGUUCCUCAUUUCGAAUUAAUUCGAAUGGAAUUGGAAUAAUAAUAAUUGUUGAUUGUGCGUUUCUUUUGAGGCUUAAGGGGAGCGAGCGCGGUGAGUGCUCCGGAAAUCCUGCUGGCUCGAAGUUUUUUCUGUGAAUUGCGUUCUGAAACAGAAGGAAAUCGGGAAUGAAUUAAACCAUCGAAGGGUAAUUGGAUUGUGAAGAAGGAAGCGAAUCCAAUGGAUCGGGUGAUGUGCGAUCUUGAACCAGCAAUACGUGCCCUUUCAUGAAUAUUUAGUGUCCCCGUUUGAAGUUUUCUUCGAGUUGCAGUACCUUGUGGUUCAAUACAUCCAACUAUCGCGAGCUAUCGUCGUAUUGUUGUAUCGAAGUUUGGGUUACGCUUUCAAACGUUAUUCGCACUCUCAGGCUUGAUCCAGUGACUUGUGUGUGGAGGAAUCAGAAGUGUCCACGAGAAUUCCGAACCAACACCAGUGCACAUGUGCCACUGAACGGCCGCACAAUACAGCGAAGUCGACGUCGGAGUUACGGAAGACCAAAAAGUGUGGAAGUGGCAGAAGUAAAAACUUGUUGCGUUCUACUGCUCCAUGCCAGAGCAACAUGUUUACGUGACUUGUACGCCACUAAUACCAUUCUAAGUUGGGGAAAGAAGUUCUGUUGACAACACAUUCAGUGUGAAUAAAAUUCAAAAUAACUAUCGAGUAAAUGCUGAAACUUGAAAGCAAACAAUUGCCAACAUAAACAACGACACCAACUCAACUCAUACAAAAUAGCACGUUCGCCGCGCAAAUUGGAUUACUUAAUGCCAUUUGCUUCGGUUCAAUUACCGCGCGAUCGACUGCGGAGUUCCGUUUUGCGCUAGUGUGAGGGGGUGUACGCAGUGACAAAGUGACCCGCUGGACCCCUGGGUUCCAGACCUCUGAACCAAUUAAGUUGUGCAUGGUUCCGUGAAAUUGUGUGUAGGAAGGUGGAAUGGUGCAGUAAUUGUCGAAAAACAACGCAAGCAACAACGACGACGACGACAACAACACCGGAAGUGACCUGUGGCUGAACUACGCAAACUAUCCACACAUAAGAAGAAAAGGAGGACGAGGAAGAAGAAGAAGCAGAACGAAAACAAGUUCAAGUGUCCUGUCCUGUGUGAACUCGAGCAAGGAUAGGACAAUCUGGCGCUGUUUUGCGUGCCGGUGAAACAACGCCUGCCGUCUGAUUCUUCCGAUGUGAAUGACGCUAGCAAUGGGAUGAUCGGACUACAGGCCGAGCUCGGGGGACCUCCGCCGCAGCUCAUGACAAUGGGCGGCCCACCCGGUGGAGGUCCCAAUGGGCCGGGUAGCCUGUUGCCACCCGGAGCUACCCAUCACCACCCUGGUCCCCCGCCGCAUCUUCAUCCACCAGGAUCUCAACAGCAACAGCAGCAGCAGCAGCAGCAGAUGAAUGGCGGCCGUUCCGGGGGAACUGCCCGCGAGCGGGCCAUGCACGCCGUCGAGUACUACAACAGCAACGUGCUGCGGGCACGCGUUGGUGCGGGACUGGCCGGGCCGAGGAAUUCGGUCCACGAACGGUAUCCGUACAUCCAACGGCACCUGGGGAUGAACGUCGGCGGUGGCGGCGGCAAGCUGGCUCCCCAGAAUUCGGAGAAUCUGUACCGGAGCAAUUCGAGCUUGGAGCUGAUACACGACCACAGUGGAAACCACGACGGGUUGCACCCGGGCCCGGGAACGAACUUGAGGCGCGAGUAUGGUAGUCACGGUUCGAUUGACGUGAUCUCUUCCGAUCGACAUCACGUGGGUCAGAGUACUGGGGAGAGUUUUCUGGCUAUGUUGCAGGAGUAUCGACCGGCGGUGUUUGGGAUGGAACAUGGCCAUCCUGGUCACCACGGACACCACGAGGGUCGUAACGGGGGUAUGAUCUCCUCUGGAGAGGAUAGCUUAGAUCGGGGCAACGCAAGCCCUAAACUGCGAAUGAAGUUCAACCGGUUAUGGUCUUCUUCGGCGGGUCAAGGCGCGAAAGCUGGACGGGGACAAACACAGAGUGCCUCGCUGGAUGAAGCGUCCCUAAAUCCGAACAUUUCGGUCCUCUCGAACGUUAGUGCUACGUCGACCACGACAACGACGGUGUCCUCGGCGGAUAUUGAGGAGCGCCAGCGAAGGCGAGCGUUUGCCCACUUUGACUGUCAGUCGUUGACCGCCAACCUGGGGUACGCGGCGAAACUACGCGGGUUGCUGCUGGCACGGAGACGAAAUACGACGACCGGUGCUUCGGCGGCUGCUACGUACGGGACGAGGUCAUCCACGCCCGAUGGGGACAGUAUAGACGAAGAUUACGGCGAUGGGCAGGGGAACGAACUGCUGGAGAGUUGUCCAUUCUUCAGGAACGAAAUUGGCGGGGAAGAAGAGCGUGAGGUCAGCUUGACCCGCAUGCAGAACCCACUUCCACCGGGUCAACAGCGACGAGCCAUACAUCGACCCGUGCUUGCAUACGGAGUUUCCCUGCUGGAGUGUGGCUUGAACGAAACCCUCUGGAAGGCAAGCACAUGCCCGUACCAGCGCGGGCCCCGACCGAUCGAGCAAAUCGACAACGGUGCGCUGUACUACCGGCAGUGUUUCUUCGGUCAAGAACACCAAAACUGGUUCGGAAUGGACGAACAGCUCGGACCGAUCGCGGUUUCGAUCAAGAAGGAGAAGCUUCCACCAAGUGCAACGCCUGCGAUUACGAUCCACGGAGCGGAUGUUUCACCGGCGACGGGCCAAACUCAGCAACACCUGUACCGGUUGAUCGUGCGAACGUCGGAGUUGCUAACCCUGCGUGGAUCCGUCAUCGAAGACUCCAUCCCGAACCCUCGCGGGCCGGGCAAACACAUCAGUACCAAAGAAAUUCUGGAGUAUGUCGCGCCAGAAGUACAAAUCAGCUGUCUCCGGCUCGGGGUCAACACGCCACAGUGCGAACAGCAGCUGCUGAAGCUAGACGAGCAAGGGCUGACUAACAAGUACAAGGUCGGUAUCCUGUACUGUCGCGCUGGCCAAUCCUCCGAGGAGGACAUGUACAACAACGAAGAAGCCGGUCCUGCAUUCAACGAAUUCCUCGAUACGAUCGGCAAACGGGUCCGAUUAAAGGGUUUCGAACACUACAAAGCAGGUUUGGAUAACAAAACGGACUCCACCGGAACGCACUCCCUGUACGCCAACUACCAGGACUGCGAGAUCAUGUUCCACGUGUCGACAAUGCUCCCCUUCACGCCCAACAAUCGCCAGCAGCUGCUCCGAAAGCGUCACAUCGGCAACGACAUCGUGACGAUCGUGUUCCAAGAACCGGGCGCCCUCCCAUUCACUCCAAAGAACAUCCGCAGCCAGUUCCAGCACGUGUUUCUCAUCGUACGAGCGGUCAACCCGUGCACGGAACACACCCAGUACCGAGUCGCGGUGUCCCGCUCGAAGGAGGUUCCCGUGUUCGGACCACCGGUUCGUCCCGGUGCUCACUACGCCAAGGGCAAACACUUUGCCGAUUUUCUGCUGUCGAAGGUGAUCAACGCUGAGAACGCCGCGCACCGUUCGGAAAAGUUUGCCACGAUGGCCACCCGGACGAGGCAGGAAUAUCUGAAGGAUCUUACCAGCAACUACACCACAGCGACGCUGGUUGACACCGGCCAAAAGUUCUCGAUCUUCCCGAGCAAAAAACGCGAACGUAGCAAACCGAGAUUCUCCGGAGAUUUGACCCAACGGGGUGCGUUCUGCUGGCAGGUCGUCCUACAUGACAGUGGGCAAUCGACGCAGGUCGACUGCUUCCUGGGCAUUUCCGCGGAAACGUUUGUCCUGAUCGAGGAAUGCUCGCGGCAGAUCAUCUUCGUGACGCCGUGCAAGGCGAUUCUGGGCUGGUCAACCAGCCAGAAUUCGCUGCGAGUGUAUCAUCAUCAGGGGGAAUGCGUAACGCUGAAUAUGCGAGACUCUGGAGAUCGGGACGAGCAGCUGGAGGUGAUUGAACGGCUUCGUGCCGUUACGAACGGGUGUGGUGCGUUGGAGCUCAGCUUGAGAAGGAAUCCGAUGGGUCAGCUUGGGUUUCACGUGCAACCGGAUGGCGUUGUGACGCAGGUUGAGAUAUCUGGACAGGCGUGGACUGCUGGUUUGAGGCAGGGAUAUCGAUUGGUGGAGAUUUGCAAGGUUGCUGUUGCGACUUUAUCGCACGAUCAGAUGGUGGAUCUGCUGAAGACCUCCGCGCAGGUAACGGUCACGGUGAUUGAGUCGUUCGCGGACUUUAGUCCUCGUCGUGGAUGUUCUCUGCAGAACUGUCGCUUCAACUCGAUGAAUUACGAAAACGACUACGACACGGUUCCGGAUCGAGCGGACAAAAAUGGCAAGAAGCAUCUACCCAGUGCGCAGCUUCAGUCGGCGAACCACCGAAGAAGGUACGAACGGAAUUUCUCACCUCCGAGGUCGAGCAAUAGCUCGGGUUACGGAACGGGCAGUAGCAGUCGAUCUUUUACCGCACUGAAUGGUGGACAAAAUGGAGCUGCUCCACCGAACGACCACCGAUACGUGCCAGAUAUGGGCACGCUAACCAGCUCAUCCAGUGGUCACUCUUCCAACGACGAACGAUGGUACGACGUGCUAGAUCCGCCCCAAGACACUCCCGCCCCUUCAAUGCCUCCAACCCAAGAACCUCCCAGCUAUCAUCACCCAAAGCUAACCGCCUCCAGCAAUUCCUUGCCCCUCGCCGGCGGAACUCCUCGCCCACUUUCGCUGCACACCGACCCACGCAACCUACCGAACGGAAGCAAUGCCAACGCAAACGCCAACAUAGCCCUGCUCAAGCGACUCAUCAUCAGUGAGAACAACGGCCACGAAAACGGCUCCGGCGAACCGCUGUACAGCAGUUCUAUGAAGAACCUGGCGAACCACCACCAGCUCAGCGCCACCGAAGAAGAGGACCUGUCGCGGCACAACUCUCCCCAGCUCAAGCGAUCGGCCACGACGACAAACAUUUACGGAAUCAACGGCAGAAAGCCAGCGGCGUUGACGGGAGGUGCGUUGAGUUCGAGCAGUACGAAUAGCUCACGGAACAACAGUCCCCGGCCCAACGCUGGCGUUAGCGACGCAAAGCUUCGUUCGAAGAAUCCGGUUCCUCAGCGAAAUAGCGUGAAUUACACCGGGAGUUCGCUCCAGGAAGACUUGAUGAAGCUGAUCAAUCCGGAUUACAUUGCGGCCGCCAGUGACGACAACUUCAACGGGGGCUCGCUCGAAAAGAUGCAAAAGGGCAACCCGAACAGUCACAGUCUGGGGAACAUCUCGUCUCUGACGGCCGCGAGCGGUCUCAAACCUAUCCAGCAGCUAACACAAAAGUCACGCUCUCGUGAAGGCAUCAACCUGGGCUCGUCGAACAAUCUGAAGGUGGCGAAGCAGAACGGAAACGGUGGCGGUUCGGAGCAGGAGUCGGAUGUGAUCUUCACGACGGCUCGACCCGCCACGGUGAUUUCGUCCACGACAAGCAACUGCUCCAGCCCGGCCAGCGAGUUGAACAACAAUAGCUCUUCGAGCAACAAACUGCACAUCAACGAGGACCAUCUGAAGAUGUCGCCGAGCAGGAAGCAGCAGAUGAUGGUGGCCGCCGCGGCUGCUGGGGGAAUUUUGAAGAAUAGCUUGAAUGGGGCUGGCGGAUCUGGUGGGAAGAUACCCCUGCCCGACAUGAAGGAGAUGGACUGGAGCAGUCUGGUCGACACGGCUACCAAAGCAAUGACGCAGCUCACCGAGUCCGCCUCCAAGUCCCACCCGCAGGGCAACGUGUACUACGACGACAUCAACCAAGUGCUGAACGGAGUAGUUCAACAACAGCAGCAGCAACAACAACAGCAAAAUUCGUUGCAAAUCCCACCGCUUCAGAAUGGUUCCGGAACGCCGGUCUUCUCCGAGCUCUCCUCCACCCCAAGCUCGGUCUCGCCGGUCUCGACUGGAAGUGGAAGCACCGCCAGCAACAGCAACCAGCAGCAGUCCAUGAUGCAGAACAGUCACAGCUUGCCGGAGCUGCAAUGCCAGGUGACCCAGCUUUCGGAUCGGGUUCUGCGAGAGCAACGCCGCCGACGAUCACUCGAGCAUGCCGUCCGUCGGCUGACCGAGGAGAACCGCCGGCUGCAGGACGAAAGCCAGGCUGCGGUUCAACAGCUGCGCCGCUUUACCGAGUGGUUCUUCCAGACCAUCGACCGGCAGUCUUAAACUCAUACACAUACACACACACGUGCACGCGUGCUUAGCCAAUAGCGUCUUCCAAAGUUUUUUCUCACACUCAUAUUUAGCCAACAACAAGCAAUCACACACCUGUUUCUUAUAUAGGCAGUUAUUUAACCACGUUUACACGACCGUUAGCCCUUUGGUCAAGCUCUUUAUAGAACGUAUUUUUAAACUUACAUCAACACGUACCAACUUACAAUCGCAACUUAUCGAGCUAGACAAAUUUGCUAUAAAACUCUGCAACGUUACAAUAAGUUUUGUAUCUCUUGGGUGACCAAAAAUGUAAUAUUAGUGAAAAUAUAUAACGUAAAACAAAACAGUAACAAUCAAAAGCAAAAUUGAAACAACACCAAUAUAAUGCGUCCUUCUUACAUAAUAUAUACACACACACCAGUCUUAUUAGUGCAUUAAGUCAAGUAGAUUGAACUAUUUAUACACUUUUUGCUAGUGCGGUUAUUACAUUUUCUAACAAACAUUUACACACGUGUAUUUAAAGCGAACCCCAGCGUAAUUUAACUUCUUGGAUUUGUAGGAUUACAACUCAUUAAAAACAACGGAAACAUACCAAAUACAGCCUCCUUAAAUCGUGUAAAAUCUGUUAAUUUAAAGCGUAUAUUAUUUGUGGUUAAUUCUAUUUUUACGAUAAGACAAACUGCUACUAGUUUAAGACGUUGUUGAACUCUUCGCUGUAAAGCUGUAUUUUGAACUCGGUUAAGCUUCUUCCUUUGUCUGUACGCUAGUUUGUAACUAUGACCUGGUUAGUUUUACGCACUUUGUUGUAAGAAACAAAACAAAAUCUUAUCUAUGUUGUACUUUACUGUAAAUUUAAAAUGUAUGAGGUUUAUUUAAGUUAAACUAUAGAUUUACCCUGAUCUAUUCUGCCUUGAGAGCGAUCAAAAUUCGAAAAUCGGUUGUAUAAUCGCGCGUAGUGAUUUAGAUGAACGCAGACUUACUCUUAUGCUAUUGUAAUAAUUGAAACACAUACACAACAUACACAUGUACUCGUACACAUCCAAUCAAUAUCGAGCUAUUCACACAUUCAAUCCAUUGAAAUAAAUGCAAAAUGUUAAAAAAA